UACACUUGUUUGGACAAGACAGAAGCGUCAAGACCAGCGACUUUUAUAGCUCUCUCCAUUUAUAUAUCAGCAUUUAUAUAUAAUAUAUCUCCAUUUAUAUAUAAGCCGGCUUCAUAGAACUAGGUAAGCAGAGUCUUCAAGGCCAUAUAACACCUCCGGAGAGAGUGGGAUCGGAUCUGCGAGAAGAGAAAGAGGCAUCCGAGAGAGGCCCCGGUGGGAUGCACUCGCACCAAACUUAACAUGCGAUUCAUCUGUGCAAUCGAACUUCCCUUCAAGUUCCGAAGUCGUGUCUUUGCCACAUAGACUUUAUAGAUAGAACGACGGAAAUUUGUAGAGCAGUUUCAUAGGAAGCUUAUCGCCUUGAAAAGAAACUUGGAAGAAAUAGAAGAUAUAGACUGAUAUUUACAAAAGGUAUAAAGGCAGCAGGCUCCUAACCGAAGAUGGCUACCAAAAAAUAUUUUGAAAUUGGUGAUUUAGUUUGGGCAAAGACGCAGUCUUUUCCUUUUUGGCCUGCAAGGAUAGUAAAGCCUCCUACAGAUGCAAAAUCUUCUGCUCCUGAAAUGGAACGCCAUUAUAUAUUCUUUUUUGGAAUUGAAAAUUGUACAUGGAUACAGGAUGAAAAUAUUGUACAUCAUUCUGAAGAAAUGGUACAGGCUGCUGCUUUCAAUGAAGAAAAUUCAAAUAGUUUAGAAUUAGCAAUAAAACAAAUCACCGAAGAAGCUCCCAAAGAGGCUAAAUUGCUAGUCAAAGAACAGGCUGCUGCUUUCAAUGAAGAAAAUUCAAAUAGUUUAGAAUUAGCAAUAAAACAAAUCACCGAAGAAGCUCCCAAAGAGGCUAAAUUGCUAGUCAAAGAAAAGGAAUCUCCUGAAGUAUCGACAAGUGGUACUAAAAAGAAAACUGCCAAAGUAGAAAGAAGGAAACGGAAAACUGAAAGCUCGGGAGUUCGAAAGAAGGCUGCGAAUAAACGAAUAUCUACUGUUACCAAGCAGGAUUUCAUUGAACCUCAGCUAGAUCCAAUAAUUAAUUUAUGGGAAUUCAAUGAAGCUGUAAGAGCAAAAAAUGUCAUACCAUCAAAUAAGAAGAUAGGAUUUAUUGGUCUCGGAAUGAUGGGUCAAAGGCUUGUUAAAAACCUGCUCACUACAAAUCACCAAGUCACAGUUUGGAAUCGCACUUUAGAGAAGUGCAUAGAUUUUGUUAGAGCUGGAGCUGCACUUGCACAGUCUCCAUGCGAUAUAGUUCGAAAAUGCGACAUAAUUUUCUGCUGUGUUUCUGAUUCUGAGGCCUCAAAAGCUGUGGUUUUUGGACACCAGGGCAUUCUGUUAGGUCUUGAUAGGUCACCACCUGGAUCAAAAGGUUAUGUUGAAAUGACUACAAUGGAUCCAACUACAUCAAUAGAAAUUGGUGGAGUCAUCACCCAUAAAGGUGGAAGAUAUCUUGAAGCCCCAAUCAAUGGAUCAUGGAAAACGGCUGAAAAUGGAAAUCUGAUCAUUUUGAGUGCAGGCGAUCGGCAACUUUUUAGGAAUUGUAAGAGUUGCUUUACUACCUUCUCAAAAAUUUCACGACAUCUUAGCUUUGAUGUUGGCUGUGCUUCUAAGAUGAAUCUAAUUAACAGCAUGUUAAUUGGUACAGCACAGGCUGCCUUCGCAGAAGCCAUGGCUCUUGUUAGGUGUUGCAAUCUUUCUCAGGAUAUCUACUUGCAAAUCCUAAAACAUGGACCAUUAAAUUCACGUUUUAUUCGGGAAAAAGGAAGUGCUCUGCUGGCAGGUGACUUUUCACCCAAUAUUUCUCUUAAGUACCAGCAAAAAGAUUUGCAUUUGGCUCUUUCACUGGGUAAUGACUGUGGACAGCCAAUGUCAGUCACUGCAACAGCAAAUCAAGUGUUCCAACGUGCUAAACUUCACGAUUUUACUGAUGUAUAUGCUGAUUACUUGAGUAAUUAGUGUCAGCUCAUUGUUUUGUUAUGCUAUGUUAUGUGCCUGAAAGGCAAAUAUGCUUAUUAUCCCAAUUCAUUGUAAAAGAUUUCAUAAUCCAUUAAAGCUGUCAUUCGUACAAUUUUAUUUUCAGUUUACUUGGACCUUUUUAUUGUUUAGUCUGAAACUUUUUUCAUUUUAUCAUCAUUGCUCGUUUUAUAUUCUGAAACCAGAGCAGCUUAAUUAUUAAACAUAUUUAAUAAUAAUAAAGCACCUUAUUUCUUAAAAUUAAAAUUUAACUUUUAAUGUUUAUUGAAUUUUGAUUGAGAAUUUAGGCACAUGGUUUCCCAGAUUAGUACAUGCCUUGUUCUGUGGAAAAGACGUUUAAUUCUCAAGUAAAAAAUUAUCUUAUUGCAUAUAAAUGUCCCCCCAUUGAUGCAUAUUAAGAAAGAAUGAAAUUGUAGUAUAAAAAUUGCUUAUAUUACUCAUAAACUAUUGCUAUUAAUGAAUUAUGAAAAUUUACGUUUGUGUAUUUUCCUUAUGAAGUGCAAGAAUUUUGACAUUGCAUCCGUUUGAGAGCUAUAUAGUUGUAAAACCAAUAUGUAAAGACUUAAAUGAUUUUCUAGACUUAUCAGAAUUGUAAUUGAAAUUGAUAAUGUAUUAAUUUGGAUUGCCUGUGAAUCUAAUGGCUAUAUAAUAUCUACAGUUGCCAUGAUUUAUCUUUAUAUUUUAUAAUUAGAAAAGACUAAAUAUCUCUGCAAUCUUCUUGCAGUUAAGUUUCUGAUCAAAAUAUAUUAUCUCAAAUUGUAUAUUGAAAGCCUGGUAAAUUAGCUCAUAUAAGAUAUUUGAUUGGCCUUUUUGCCCCAUUUUAAUGUUAUCUAGCUUGUUUGAGAUUCUAUCAUCAACACUUGAGUAAUGAUGACUGGGUUGGUAAUCUCUUUACUGAAAAUUCAAGAUACAUCUAAUGAAGUGAGUUUUCGAUUGAAGAAAAACUGAAAACAUAGGAUCAAUGACAUGUAAUGAAAUUUCUUUACUGAAAAUCUCAUAAGUUAUAAAUAGAAAUAAAUAUCCAUUCAUUAAUGUGUACAAUUUUUUUUGUAGGAAAUAUUAAUAAUAUUAAUAUGUGAAUUUUUUGAGAAGCAGUUGGACCAAACUUAUUUGUUUACAGUAAUGCUCUUUUAUGCAAGUCAGAAUUUGUAGACAUUCAAUAUAUUUAUUAAAUGGAUUAAACCAAAAUAGAAAAGGUCUCUGAAUACUUUGGUUGACAAAUUGCUACCAGGCUUUCAACAGUGCAAAAAGUAGAAAAAAUACUCAUUGAAAAACAUGGUGAAAAGUAUGCUUGUUUAUUGUUCCUGUAGUUUAUUGACAUUUAUUUUUGUUUGCAUUUCUUUCUAUGCUAAUGCUACAUUUUAAAACAUCUUGUGAUCAUCUGGCAUGUUUGUGUAUUAAAUUAUUCAUUUCCCAGAUGCAUUUUAUUAAACCCAAAGUAACAUUUGGACUCCUAUUUUUGGACCACGUGUAUUUUAAAAUAAUAUUGAACUCAUGAAAAUGGCCAGUUUGUCACUCAGUGGAUAUCAAUGUAUUUACAGAAAUAAAAAAGGUACAUAUGAAAUAAUAUUAUGGAAAAGAAGAAAUUAGAUGUAUGCUAGUUUUAUUUACAGGUGUUCCUGCAUAUAUAAAAAUCAGUUAAAUUUUAAAUUUCUGAAAAUCGUGAUGUCAAACUGAUAUCUUGUAAUCAGCUGACUUUACGAAUUUGAUAAAACAUUUUAAAUUGUGAAGUUCUGUGUACUCUUCCCUUCUUUGCAAGAAAAACUUUUCUUAUGAAUACCAUAAAAAAGUACCACUUUUUUUUCAAAGAAUACAAUAUCCGUCUGUACAUUUUUACCAUUUGAAUAAUAAAACAAUUGAUUCUUA